AUGCAGCGCAUGGAAGCUACCUCAAGUGGACUGUAUCCCUCGGCCUACCAGAAGUGCCGGCAUGCUUGCUUUCGUUGGCCUCCCCGCCUUUCCAAAGCUUCACCAGCGAGGCUUGCCCGUGGCCUGGCGAUGGUCUUUGCAGCGUCGGCAGGGUUCGGUCACCUCUUUCUGGAGAUCGGGCAUCCGCGCGUGCCCCUGCCGCCACGCUGGAGGAUGUUAGUCGAUGAGCAAAGCAUGGAGAUCCUACACCUUCCUUCUUUGUCGGCUGCAUCGACCCUGAACGUUGUCGUCGUCCCGGGAAAUCCAGGCAUCCCGCAUUUGUACUGCAGCUUCGCUGAAGACCUGCAGCGAUCCCUUCCCGAAGAUGCCAAGAUGCACAUCCUUGGCUACAGCAAUUUCGUGACAGAGACCUUACCCAGCAGAGUGGCGACCAUUGAGGAGGAAGCAGAGUCUUUGGGGGACCUCCUUGAGGAACUCAUUGACGCGAGCGAGAAUGUUUUGCUCGUCGCACACUCAAUAGGUGCUUGGUGCAUGCUCCGGCGACUGCAGAGGCGACCACUCUGGCACGAUCGCCGCUUCCUCGCUGUGUUGGCCAUGCCGUUUUUGGAGAUUGAUGUCGAAAGUGAUCAGUCACGGCAGAGGACCUUGCGCGAGCUGGUUCUGUCACCCUGGGGACAAGUGGCUGUGCCAGGCUUGGCAAAUCUGUUGACGUUGCUACCCGAGAGCCUCCAGGAGAAGGUUGCCCUUUCCCAGGGAGCCGAGCGCGACUCCCCCGAAGCAAAGCAGCUGCUGAGCACCUUUGGGAAGCAGGCGCAUCAUUUCGAGAGCUUGGCCUUCAUGAGCAUCAGCGAAUUCAACCAGUUGCUUCCGGGAAGUGAAGACAGUGGCUUCUUCCUGCUGAAGCAGUUUGCCGAGACGGAGCUCCCCCUGCUUUUCCUCACCGUUGAUGUUGACACCUGGUGCCCCCAGGCACACUCCCAGCGCUUGGACGUCCUGGUGCAGAACAUGUUGCCGUUUGCACAGCACCUGCGGCUGGGCGCUAUUCCGCACGGGUUUGUUUUCUGUGGCUCUCAUCGUC